GUCGUGAACCUGGAGAUACCUCGUUCGUUCGUCCCAGCAUUCUUAUACUAUAUUUAUUCCCCGAGAGUCGCCAGUUAAUAGUCUCCUCUCUACGUUGUUCUCCUUCCCCGUCUUUGCUUCAUGUGCUGGUUGCCAUACAUAGCCUCCGUCAUUGCGGGUCUAUCUCUUAGCACUUGAUUGCAAGCCUCCUCGUCAUCUCCCGGCCUUCCUGGAUCCUGAUGCUGUGGAAUCCUCCUUGAUCUGCCAAUGUUAUAUAAUCCGUUGACUGAAAUCGAUUCCUAUAUAUCCUCUCCCGUCCACUGGGACGCAUGUCUUCUGACGAUGCUUCAUCUUCUUCUCGAUCUAAAUACUCAGCUUCUAGUUUCGCGGACGUUUUCAAGUCGUUAAGCGUCUCCCGGUCCAAACCCCUCUCCGCAGUCCCGCUAUCGGAUAGCAGUGACUCUCUCCAGCAGCACACGGAUGGACACACAAGUAAUCAGAGUACGAUAGGGUUCGACUCAAUGCAUCGUGGAAGCGUCAUAUCAAGUUCCUCGGAUGCUUCAGGAACCCGGGAUUUCGAGGCCUCUCUUAAGGUUUUGGCGCAGAGCCAGAACCUCAAUCAUGCUGCUGACGAAGCUGAACAAGUGGCAAAAUCUCUUCAAUGUUAUAGCCCAGAACAAGCCAUUGCUCUCUGGGAAGCAGGAUCGCAUCUCAUACACCAUGUGGGAUCUCCAGAGGUUCGACGCAGCGGUUCCCGCCUCUUGGAGACUAUAUCAAUUCGCCAGGAUCUUUCCCCCGCAGCUCGACGGGUAGUCUUCGAAUCGAUUUCAGCCUCGUCGGAAUCCGAUGUUAUCCCAGUCCGGGCUCAGUCACUGAUAUCUUUAUCAGAUCAUGGCAGGCGAUUAGAGUUCUCCACAGGAUCCCUCUUACCUAUGAUUUCAUCAUUUAUAGUCCCUUUAUAUGAAGUGAUUUCCUCUGCUCGACUAAAGGCCAGGAAAGCCAAGGUCGGCAAAUUCAAUGGUCUUGGCUAUGAAGACACGAUACUAGACGACCUCUUGCAAUUCGCCGUGGAUUUGAUCACAUUACAACGCAGGUCGCCUGAGAGUGGGGAGGUCCAGGAGCUUCUUGACCAAAUCUUUACUAUCUGCAGAAAGACAAGUGUAGCUGCCGAUAUCAAGCACUCCCUGGCCGUAUUCGACGCAGUAAUUCUGUAUACCAAUGUUCCGGAUGGAAGCUUUGUUCCAAUGCUUGAGCUACUUUGUAGCAUACUUGCCUCGGUGAAGUCACUUUCGGGCCCAACGUCAAGAGCUGUUAGGAAUCUGGCAAAGUCAAAGCGACGGACUGAGAUGGUGGAUACUCUUUAUUCAUUUUUGCUCGAGUCUUCUGAAAAUCAAAGCCGCAAUCUCAAUGUUCUCCGCGGAGCCGUAUACGUCUUUACCGAACUCGUUCGCGCACACGGCCAGGACGGAAUAGUACAGCUUGAAUUCGAGCGUCUUAUGGACUCUCUCCAAAUCGUCGUGAGAAAAGACGAUGGCCGGUUAGAGGCAGAUAUUCUAGAACUAUGUUUGAACACUCUAGAUGGUGAAUUUGCCGAGGUUGCCUUGAAGCAGAGCUGGUUAGGAUUUGUUUCUGUCCUGAACUCCUGUUCUCUCAAAGUUAUCCAAGAGCCUGAAUUGGAUUAUGUUCCUGCUCAUAGCCCCCAGUCACCGCAACUGAAAGGAAUCAAUGUGGACGACGUAAAGCCCAAUAUCCUUGCCAAUAUCGUUCAAAUUGCAUCCGCCGUGGGAUCCCUUUGGGACAGCUUGAGCAAGCAGCAGAGACUAGAUAUCUCAAACUUCUUAAUGAAUGUUUGUCAACAUAUUGAACCUACUCAGGCUGAACUUGUCCUCAAUACCGUGAGAGCCGAGAGGCUUUGUUCCCCUGAAACUUCUGGAUGGGUUCAGUGUUGUCAAAAAGUCAUCAACUGCUUUAUUCGCGCUCGCAAUAAGCCAGCCGAAAUUCGAAUCAUAGCCCUAGAAACCUUGAAGGAGGCUUUUGUCAGUUACGAGUCUCUGUCCCUCUUUCAAGAGCAAGGGCUUUUGAAACUUAUGCUCAAGAACUUCAACGAUGAGGAUAGCGCCCUUUUUUUGGAGGGUCUCGUUUUCUUUGUUGUUGACACUUUCGUCGCUGUUUCCGAUGACUCCACAUUUAAAUAUCUAGUCGAUACCAUAAGUUCGCCCAUGACCAAAGAUUCGGAUAAGGAUGAGGUCGAUUCGCCCUCCAUGUCUUCCUCGGAGCGCCGUCUGUCAAGCUUUGCACUGGAAGUGUCCCUUGGCAACAUCUGUUGUGUGGGACUGGUGAGAAUGUUUUUAAGAUCAAUGAAUACGUCAGCUAAUAAGGCAGUAACGGUGUACGAAGCCCUUUUGAAGAUAGGGGAAUCGACAGACCGGCCUUUAGACUCCCGCCUAACAUCUCUCAAAAUGUUAUUUAGACUUCGAUGCGAUUCUUCUGGCUCCAUUACAGUCGUGCCACUUUCUGAAAACGACUUCAGGAUGAGUGUUUCCGGUCGCAUUGUUGACUCUAGCUCAUUGUCGCAUGCUUUUGAAGACCCAGGUGGUGAUCACAGCACAAACAAUGAUUACGGUCGGCCAACCCCCCCAGGGAGACAGUCGACAAGUGAUUCGUCAACUAGUGCCUUAUCCAGGUCCACAGGGCGCAGCACAAGCAUUUCCCAACGGGUUCCGAGAUUGUCUCAUCCAGUCUGGGCAUACACUACUCCCCAGGUCCUUCCAGAAGAACCCCCAGACGAGUCCAGUCCCUUUGUGUAUGCAUAUGCGACACCCGCUACAUCAACUCAUAUCGACUCUGAGAAAACCCAAAGGGCCGCGCUGAAGGCAAACGUUUGGCUAGAAACCAUUAUUAUGUUGCUACAACGUGAAACGAACUGGGACCUUUACAGCUACGUUCUUACGCACUUGGCGCCUCAACUUCGGAACAAGGACCUUUUCAGUAACGCUGUUCCUCAGAUCAAGCUUUUACGAAGCGUCUUGUGCGAUCAAGUGAAAAAUGAUUCCUUCCGUGAGCCACCGCCAUCUACUGGCGUCAAGAAAUCCGAUGUGGCGGGCUACAUCUUUGAUUCUCUCUGUGUAUUAAUCAGCUACCAUGAGCAUUUUGCAAAGAGCGAGGAAGAUGAACUCGUCCGGUCCUUUAUGAUGGGUAUCAUUGGCUCAUGGGGAGGAACUUCUCGUGGUUGUAUUCAUGCCCUCUCGGUUUGUUGCCACGAAAUUCCCCUCUCUGUCACGAAGUCUUUGAAUGGAAUCCUUGACAAGAUGUCCAAAGUGAUCACGCUAUCCAACCUUGCCGUCCAUAUUCUUGAAUUUUUGGCACUUCUUGCACGACUACCAGAAGUGUACGUCAAUUUACGAGAGGAAGAAAUUCGCACAGUCUUUGGUAUCUGUAUUCGUUUUUUGCAAACAUCAAGGGAGCACAGACUUAAGGCGUCUGAAUCGCCUACGCGGAACCUCCAGGGUUCUGCAAGACUAGGAAGCGUUAUCCGCGAGACUUCAGGCCUUCCUUCUGCCGAGGUUUCUGAUUCAUCUCUCCAAGAGGCUAUGUCCCGGUAUAUCUAUGCCUCGACACAUCACGUCAUGGUAUUCUGGUUUUUGUCAUUGAAGCUGCAGGAUCGGGCCAAACACGUCAAUUGGAUAACCAGCAGGCUGAUCUUCAGAGAUGACAAUGGAAAAGAGAUGGUUGAAGAGCAGAGUCAAGUUUUCCUCGACCUUAUGCAACGCGCUGCAUUUUCAGAUUUGGGCGACACAAUUCCUUUCCCAACAUUUCCACCGUCUCCCGAGGAUGGGCCAGCCAUCAAGAAAUCGUGGGUUGUUGGCAUGAGCAUAGUCACAGUGGAGACCGCUGGGGUUUCCGGUUUAACCCAAAUCACCAAGAGACAGGCCUCGGGGACUACCUAUGCAGUGUACCAACAGCGCACCGCACCUAUCCACCCCCAUCAAGUCCCGGCCACCCAUGACGCCCAUUUUCAUUCGGACAACAUGCAUACGGCUGUUCUGCCUAGCCAUGUUCUACUCCAGUUGACGACAACAGCCUUCCCUACACCUACCGUGAUGCAACCCAUUCCUCUUGCGGAUGAUGAUAUGACUCGUCGAGCACUGGAUAUAUUUGAUCGAAAUGAUAUUGUAGAUGGGCAUAAAAUCGGUGUCGUUUAUAUUGACAAUGGUCAAACUACAGAAGCCGAAGUUCUUUCCAACACUAGUGGCAGUGCAGAUUAUGAAUACUUCCUGUCAGGCCUCGGAACCAAGGUUCCCCUCAAAGGUGCAAGAUUCAAUACUCAAGGGUUGCAUGCUGAAAUCGACGGCGAAUUCACAUACGCAUGGCGCGAUCGUGUCACAGAGAUUAUCUACCAUGUGGCAACUAUGAUGCCUACAAACUUCGACACUGAUCCUUCGUGUAUCCUGAAAAAAAGUCACAUCGGCAAUGACUUCGUCAACAUUAUCUUCAACCGGUCGAAUGCCCCGUUCAAUUUCAAUACAAUCCCUUCCCAGUUCAACUUUUUCAACAUCGUUAUUAGCCCCGUAUGCCGACUCGCAGAAGAGGACGGAAUCACGAUUUGUGGACCAAUUCACCCUGAGAAACUGGUUUACAGUGUGAAGGUAAUGAGCAAGCCUGGAUUCCCAGAGAUUUCUCCUGCUGCGUCUCCCAAGAUAAUUUCUGGAAAGAACCUCGCAGCCUUUGUCCGGAUUCUCGCAUUGAAUGCCUCUGUGUUCUCGCUUGUCUGGAACAGCCAGGGUGAACAUAUUUCAUCCUGGCGCAACAGAUUGCGCGAGAUUAAGCGGCUUCGAGAACGAGCGCUAGGGUCCCAGUCUCAGGGUUUGGAUACCACGGAAGCCACAUAUCCCACUCAACGGCGCAACACCAAAGCAAAUAUCCUUUCCGAAGAAGUGCCAUUCCGCAGCAACUCCGCAAGAACUGAUUUUGCCACCGAUUGGAACGCUGCAGCAGAUGCCAAUAUCCUUCAAAAUUUGGAUUUCUCCCGAUGGGGCCGAUAAAGGAUUCCCCCAUUCUGCAUUUUCAAGCAAUGACUUACGACUGGAAAUGACUCACCAUGGCUAAAAAUGAACUUGGCCAUUAUGAAAAUUUCCAUCUCUACAAUCCGUCUCAUCAUAUAUCUUUUUCCUGAAACCACUAUGAAUGUAUAUCUUUAGUUUAUCUGCUUCCGCAUGUGACGACACUACCCCAAAUGGUUCUACCUGUGAAAGCCAUCUACAGGGAAAGUAAAACAAUACUUUCUACUAUUUCCUUACCUCUUCCUUUCUCUCUCUCUCUCUCCCUCUCCCCUCCCCCCCCAAAAAAUGUCACCCUUUCAUAAUACUCUUC